CGGGCGCACGUUAUCACUACUUAACUCGGUAUUUGGCACCGGUAUCCCGACACGGUUUCUCGUGGAAUGGCAGCGGCCUUAAAGAAAAAUUACUCACGCAGAAGAUUGGCCGCCCUUACAUUCCUCUCCAACAUCUCUCUUGACGGCAGUCACCGGGACACCAAGCUAGCUGUCCUGUCACAAAGUGGACCGACUCACGAGCGUACGCUGAGCGAUGGUCAGUCAGAUCAAGAGACUAUGGUGCUUGAAGCGUAUCAGAAUACUGACAUCGGUGAGGUCUCCAUGGAAGAGGUUCUAGACGGUUGCCCAGAAGAGGAGACCAAUGACUUGUCGCAAAAUGAAACAAUAGAGCAAACCAACUCACCGCAGUUAGUGCACAAAGGCACCGAUCAUAACUCCUACAGUUCUGAUUCGGAUGGACUACUCACACCUGCUAAGGCAGCGGUUACCAUGUUCUUAGAGCAGGAGAGGAAUCACCUGCAAUUGUCUUAUGGCAUGCAUAGUUCGUUUAGAGAACGAACCGGAACUACCGGAAGUGACUACUCUUUACCAGAAAGACGUGUGGGCUCUUUACAAUAUAAGAAGCGCAUAAGUCAUCAAACAUCUACGCUUUCAGAAGAUAUUAAGCAUCAAUACAAUAGUAGCAGCGAGAGCAUCGGUUCCAUACAUUCGAAAGGUCAAUUAUCAAAACCAAAGACAAAGGCAGUGAACAGUGUGCAACCUAUUUCUACAAAUAGUAGCAUAAUACCAGAAGUUACAAAGGAAUUGCGUUUGAUGCAACGACCUGUGAAUGACUGCAAAUUUGGAGAUGAUAGAUUGGUCUUGGUAUCAAAUCAGCAUAUACCAUUUGUAGUAUUUUCUGCUAUUCCAUAUAACAAAGGACAACGUUCCAGUUGGUCUGAAUUACGUAAAGAUACAACUCGAAGAAAAAAUGUAUCGUCUCAAAGACCAUUAUCAGCAAUUAAUGACAGUAUUGAUCCAUUUGGAUUAUUGGGUAUAGAACAUGCUAAAGAUGGCCAGGAAAUAUCUUAUGGGCAAUUACUUGUACCAUCUAGACAAUUUCAAAGGGAUAAGAAAUUGAAUAUUAAUGAAACUGAUGCUAUGGAAUUUACGCACUUUAUACCUAAUAAACAUCACGUGGUACAAAGGACAAAAACAAUUACUUGGAAUGUGGAUCACAAAAAAUGGUGUCUAUCUUAUGAUACAGCUACAAAUCGGACUCACUAUAUAACUUCUGAGUCUCCACCUUUGUCUUUCAGUACCGAUUCCAAAGUUUAUGAGUGGGAUGAGCAAUCUGCCCAAUAUAAUCCAAAUUUACUGGACGAUCCAGAACUUAUUGCCGGAAAACAUAGAACGCUAUUAACGUUUACAUCAUACAUGGCAUCUGUUAUCGAUUAUGUAAGACCUUCCGAUUUGAAAAAAGAGUUAAACGAUAAAUUCAAGGAAAAGUUUCCACAUAUUCAACUUACUCUCAGUAAGCUUCGCAGUUUGAAACGGGAAAUGAGAAAAAUAGCUAAAUUAGAGUACGGCAUUGACUUAUUGACUGUUGCAAUGGCUUAUGUAUACUUUGAGAAGCUUAUUCUUCGAAAUAUUGUAACAAAACAAACACGCAAAUUAUGCGCUGGGGCUUGUUUACUUCUCGCGGCAAAAUUAAAUGACGUGAAGGGUGAUAUUCUUAAAUCGCUCAUUGAGAGAAUUGAAGGUGUAUUCCGUUUAAAUCGCAAGGACUUAAUUACAUCCGAGUUUGCUGUGUUAGUAGCUUUAGAAUUUGGUCUGCAUCUGCCAACGUGGGAAAUAUUCCCUCAUUAUCAGCGAUUGAUCUAUGAGUCCUGACAUUCUUUCAUUCUUUUUAUGCAAUCUCAAAAUUGCAUGAAAAAAUCUUAGCCAUAAAACAUAUCCGUACAGCAAUGGUUUAAUAUGAAAGAUCAUAUAUUUCAAAGUAAUGAUUGAGAAAACAAGUUAUAAGAUUUUUAUCAUAAUAGUUUCUGUGAGUUACCAAUGUAGUACUUGCUGCAUGCUGUGAAUAUUAAUUAUUUGAACAUAUUUAGCUUUCUCUUUAAGUAUCAAAUUAACGAUAGUAAAGAAAAAUCAUAUUUAACUAUUGCAUUAUUCAAAUAUUUUUAUUCAAUAAGUACAUAUAUAUAUAUACACAUGUAAGAAAAAGAGAUUUAUAAAAUAGUUUAUCUCUUGAGUUGUCUUUUAUGAAAGAUACGUCAGCGGUUUUGUGAUAUGCAACUUUUUCUAGAUAAGAAAAUGAAAAUACAUAGAUGUAUAUACAUAAUAUUUUGAGAAGUAAGUUUAUUUUGAUGAUGGUGCAUCUUUUUAUAUACUUUAUUUUAUGCAUUACAAUAUACAGAUACACAAUAUCUCUAAUCAUUUUAAUUUAAUAAGAAUAAUAGAACAAUAUUUCAAGCAAGAUCAUCUAAAUAAUUUUCUGUUUGAAUUGUUUUAGAGGAAGGUUGUUACAAAGAAGGGUUAAUUUUAAACCGUUAAUUUUUUUCUUUUUAAAAACUAUAAAUUUAUCUGAAACAUUUUUCUGUUUGAAUUAGAAAAAUGAUUUCUCAUUUGUUUCUGUGCAUUAUCUUGUAUGAUUAUAUUGUUACAUAUAUUACAAAUCCGCUGCUAUUUUGAUUACAUAGAUUUGUUUCUUGAAUAAAAUAAAAAUUAGUUUGUUUUGAAAAAGAACGAAUCUUCACAAAAAGGUGCUGCAUGUAUGAAAGAAUGAGCAGGAACAAACUUAAUGCUUAUAAAAAAAAAG